UCGGACGCCGAUUGGGAUUUCUGGAGACGGCGGCGAUUGGCAGACGGACCCCUUGGGGCGGUCCCUCCGAAGGAAGAGGCGGAGCUUCUGGAAAAGAGGGCGUGAAGCCUCCACUUCCUGAAGGAAAACGGGCACCGACGGAAGCUCCUGAAUCGGCGACAGAGAAUCCCAAAGGAUGCAGGAGGACGGAGGAGCCCGGCGGGGGAAGGAAGGAAGCGCCGCCCGAGAGGAGGAGGAGGAAACGGGCGGAGACCCCGAGACGGUCCUGGAGGGCGGAGGCUCCUUCCGAAGACCCGGGAGGCCCCAAAGGAUCCAGGAGGGAGGAAAGGAACAUGAGUGCCUGGAAUGCGGAAAAUCCUUCAGAACAAAUAGACGUCUUCAAAGGCAUCGAGGGAUCCACUCUGGAGAAAAACCUUAUAAAUGCUUUGAGUGUGGAAAGAGCUUCAGACAGAGCAGCCAUCUUUAUGAACAUCAAAUGAUCCACACGGGAGAAAAGCCACAUAAAUGCCUGGAGUGUGGAAAGAGUUUCAGUAGGAGAACCACUCUGUAUAUACAUCAAAGGAUUCACACUGAAGAAAAACCACAUAAAUGCCUGGAGUGUGGAAAGAGCUUCAAUCAGUUGGGAAAUCUUUAUAAACAUCGAAAGAUUCACACGGAAGAAAAAUCAUACGAAUGCUCAGAAUGUGAAAAAUGUUUCAGAAAAAACGAGCACCUUCAAAAGCAUCAAAUGAUCCACACAGGAGAAAAGCCUUAUAAGUGCCUGGAGUGUGGAAAGAGCUUCAGUUGGAGCAGCAACCUUUAUGUACAUCAAAGGAUCCACUCAGGAGAGAAACCUCAUAAAUGUGUAGAAUGUGGAAAGAGCUUCAGUCAUUCCGGAAAGCUUUAUAAACAUCAAAGGAUCCAUUCCAGAAAGAAACUCAAUAAAUGCCUAGAGUGUGGAAAGAGGUUCAGUAGUAGAAACACUCUGUAUAUACAUCGAAGGAUUCAUACUGGAGAAAAACCACAUAAAUGCCUGGAGUGUGGAAAGAGCUUCAAUCAUUUGGGAAACCUUUAUAAACAUCAAACGAUUCACACGGAAGAAAAACCACAUAAAUGCCUGGAGUGUGGAAAGAGUUUCAGUAGGAGAGACACUCUGUAUAUACAUCAAAGGAUUCACACUGGAGAAAAACCACAUAAAUGCCUGGAGUGUGGAAAGAGCUUCGGUAGGAGAGGAACUCUGUAUAGACAUCAAAGGAUUCACACUGAAGAAAAACCACAUAAAUGCCUGGAGUGUGGAAAGAGCUUCAAUCAUUUGGGAAACCUUUAUAAACAUCAAACGAUUCACACGGAAGAAAAACCACAUAAAUGCCUGGAGUGUGGAAAGCGUUUCAGUAGGAGAAACACUCUGUAUAUACAUCAAAGGAUUCAUACUGGAGAAAAACCACAUAAAUGCCUGGAGUGUGGAAAGAGUUUCAGUAGGAGAGACACUCUGUAUAGACAUCAAAGGAUUCACACUGAAGAAAAACCACAUAAAUGCCUGGAGCUUCAAAGAGCUUCAAUCUGAGACGAAAACUUUCAUUGCAUCAAACAAUCCAUUCAGGAGAAAAACCACAUAAAUGCCUGGAGUGUGGAAAGAGCUAUACCAAGCGUAGAGGCCUCCCUCGACACCAGAGAAUUCACGUGUGAGAAAAAUGAUAACCAUACAUAAGUGUGAGAAUCUCAGGAAUUGAAUUGAAUUGCAUAUUUAAUUUGGCCAAGUGUGAAUAGACACGCUAGGAAUUUGUCUCGAGUGCACAAGCUCUCAAUGUACAUACAAAGCAACAGAAUAAUGAUAUUCAUAAUUAUAAUAAUUCCACUAUGAGGAUUGAAUAAAGAUAAUAAGGGUAAAUAAUAGCUGCCAAAUAAGGGACUUUCUCAGGCUGAAUAAUAAAGGACUUUUUCAAUUGUACAUGCUGCAUGUUUCAACUGAUCUAAAUUGUAUCUUUUCACCACAGAUGUGACUCAUGCCAUUUCCCAUGUUGAACGUUCUCUUUUUAAUCCAAUGCUCAUUUUAGUGGCUAUUCUUCAUAUUAUGGGAUGUUACUUUCCAUAACCAUUUGUCUGAAAUGAUAUAAUGUUGGACUAGAAGACUUCCUAGGUCCCUUCCAACUCUACUAUUCUAAUUAUUCUAAUUCCAAUUAUUCUAUUAAUACCUAUCCCCUAUUUGCUAUCCUAUCCUUGCCUGCAAGGUAGAUUUAGCAGCAAGAGAGCAAAUGGUUCAAAAAUCGCCCCCCCCAUCCCUUGGCUGAAUGAUGGCUUGAACCCAGACCUUCGCCCCAAGGCCAAAGCGUUAACCCUAAAAGAGUUCUACGCUCAAGCCGCAGAACGUGAAGGCCUGCGCAAUGAGAGAAACCCUAAUUUAAGGCUUCGUCAUUAAUUUAAAAUGACACAUUAACCCUUUUAAUUAGCCUAUUUUUUUUUAAUUUACAUUUAUAUCCGCCCUUUUCCGAAGACUCAGGGCAGCUUACAGUGUAUAAGGCAAUUGUCUCAUUCUAUUUGUAUAUUUACAAAGUCAACUUAUUGCCCCUGGGUCCUCAUUUUGGGUCCUCAUUUUGCCUACCUUAUAAAGGAUGGAAGGCUGAGUCAACCUUGGGCCGGGCUUGAACCUGCAGUAAUUGCAGGCUACUGUGUUCUAAUAACAGGCUCCUUACAGCCUGAGCUAUCCACGGCCCCUUUAUAAAGUUUAAUAAAGUUUAGACUAUGCCACUUUAUAAAGUUUAAGGCGGCUUGUUUUUCCCUUCUUGACUUAAGGCUCUUUAUUUGGUAUGUGAGAAUUUUCUUUUUCAGCAAUUACACAGUAGAGGAUUCCGAGUGUCUUUGAAUGCAUCUGCAACUUUCAAGAAAGACAAAACCCAGCUGGAAAGACUAACGUAACCCAUAAAUUUGUUCUUUCUGGGAUGUUACCUAGAAUAAACGUUUUCUAUUGUUUAAACUUCACAAGUAAUCAGUGUAUUUUAUUGUUUCAUUUGUUUCUGUACCCUCUUAAAAACAUGAAUAAACGUUUUUGCUUUGCUUGAAUUACUUGAUGAGCCGUAUUUUCAGGUGGGCCAAGAAAGCCAUUUGCAAAGACAAAAGUCUCCAAUUCAGGAAUUCAAGUUCUUUUCAGCGCCAUCUCAAACCUGGUGCCUGACUUUGGGGAUUGAGACAUGAUUUCAAACGAUCAACCAUUAGCUAGUUUGUUAGCUGGGAAGUAAUGAAACGUGCAACACAUCUCCCUCCUCUUCCCCCCCCAACAACAACCCUGUGAGGUGGGCUGGACCGAAAGUGGGGCUUGAACUCGGGGUCUCUUGCUUUCUACCCCGGUGCCUUCACCAUGAGACCAGAAAGGCUCCCCCUUUAUAAGCUGCUAUAAGGUCGCAGCCUCAGAAGAGCCCCCCUCAAUACGGAGGGGGGAGGAGACCCGACCCCCGCCCCACCUCCGCGGAGGACCGUAACAACUGUCGGCACCGCGCAGGCGCCAUCUGGGUGUUUGAGGAAGAAGUACGCUGAUUGGUCGGAAUGGCGGCGACUGGCAGGUAGACUCCUUGGGGCGGUCUCUCCGGAGGAAGAGGCGGAACUUCUGGAGGAAAAAAAUGGCGGGAAGCCUCCACUUCCGGAAACAAAAUCGGACAACGAGGGAAGCUGCCUGAAUCGGCGACAAAAAAGCCCGGAUGAUGCGGGUUUGACGCAGGGAAUGCUGGGAAUUGCAGUCCGGGAGGGUCUGGGAGCCCGAGGCCUAGUCUGGCGUGCCGGGGGUGGAGUGGGACGGAGCGCUGGGAAGGAGGAGGCCCUGUCCGCUUCGAGCAUGUGCGGAAGGCCCGUGAGAGGCGGGAGGUUGUCGGCCUAAAAUCGUCCCCGAUUGCCCGAAGGAUUGCCUCCCUGCGUGGCGUUUUCCGGCGUUUUUCCCCCCUCAGUUCUCUGAAGCGAUUUGCAGGAAAGGAGGAGGAGGAGGAGGAGGGCAUGAGGCUCUGCGAAUUUCUUUGGGCAAUCGGGAAGGAAAAAGCGCGCUGCCUCCCCGAUGCCAUUCUCAAUGGACAUGCAAGAUGAUUCUAGGUCUCGGGGAAAUCUUACAGGCGAGGCUGAUGGCCGGUAUUUGGACUCUCUUGACAACCUCCUGCUAGAAAUACCCUGCCAAGUCUCUU